CUCUCUCGUUAGCCUUUCCGAUGGAUUCUUUCGUCCAAGCACUCUUAACUGUAGUAUCAAGCAUCUGCGCGUUAAUCCUGUUUGUCUGUUCUUAUAAUUGCCUCUAUAAACCGAACUAUGGUACAAAGAACAAGAAUCAGGUACCUCGGGCAGGUGGGGCCCUCCCGAUCAUCGGCCACCUCCACUUGUUCGGUAGCAAGCAGCUCUUCCACAAAACACUAGCAUCCAUGGCCGACAAAUACGGGCCGGCCUUUACCGUUAAACUCGGGCCCCAAGAAACUCUGGUCGUGAGCAGCUGGGAGAUGGCGAAGGAGUGCUUCACCACCCAUGACAAGGCCUUCUCUGACCGGCCCGCAACAACCGCCACGAAGCUGCUGACCUACGACUUCGCCAUGUUCGGGUUCGCGCCAUACGGGCCCUACUGGCGCGAGAUGCGGAAGAUCGUCACCCUCGAGCUUCUCUCCCACCGUCGGAUCGGCAUGCUGAGUCACAUACGAGCUUCCGAGGUGAAAACUUCGCUGAAGGAGAUUUAUGAGUUGUGCGUAGAUGCCAAACAAGGCCUUAAAAUCGAUAUGAAGCAGUGGUUUGGUGACCUUACGCUUAAUGCAGCGGUUCGGAUGGUCGGUGGGAAGAGAUUCGUUUGGGCUCGCUCGGAUUGUGAGGACGAAAAGGCAAGAAGCCAGCAGAAAUUGAUGACCGAUUUCUUUCGGUUCUUCGGUGUGUUUGUUCUGUCGGAUGCGAUACCGAUUUUCCGGUGGUUCGACUUGCAAGGGCAUGAGAAAUCCAUGAAGAGAAUAGCAAAAGAACUCGAUGUCCUCAUCGGAGAGUGGCUGGUGGAGCAUAAAGAAAGGCGGCGGCAGAGCAUCUCAGGGGAGGAGGAGAUCAGAUCCGAUCACGAUUUCAUGGAUGUCAUGCUCACCAUAACGGACGGUGCUGAUUUGCCUGAUUUCGAUGCUGACACCAUCACCAAAGCCACUUGCCUGAACUUAAUCUUGGCGGCAAACGAUACUGUAAUGGUGGCGCUCACGUGGGUCCUAUCGCUUCUCCUAAACAAUCCACUCGUGUUAAAGAAAGCUCGAGACGAAAUCGACACUUGCAUUCCGAAGAAUAGACAUGUCGAAGAAUCGGACUUAAAGAACCUAGUAUACCUACAAGCAGUGGUUAAAGAAACACUAAGGUUGUACCCACCAGCUCCGGUUAUCGGCCUCCAUUCCGCAAUGGAGGACUGCACAAUCUCGCCCGGGUACAAUGUACGCGCAGGCACACGUUUGAUGGUGAAUAUCUGGAAAAUCCAUCGAGACGAAAAGCUAUGGCCCGAGCCACUUGAGUUCAGGCCCGAGAGGUUUUUGACGGGCCAUGCGGAAAUCGAUGUGAGGGGGCAGAAUUUCGAGCUCAUACCUUUCGGUUCUGGAAGGCGGUCGUGUCCCGGAACUUCUCUGGCUCUUCAGAUGGUGCAUUUGACUUUGGCUAGCUUGUUGCAUUGCUACGAGUUGACCAGAAUCGAUGAUGAUAAAGAGAUAGAUAUGACGGAGAGUCAAGGGCUUACGAAUUUGAAGGCGACCCCUCUCGAGGUUUAUCUCACUCCCCGUGUCGGUCCCGAGAUUUUUGAUUUCUGAUUGUGGACCGUCUAUUUAUGAAUUAUAUAAACUGUUAAAUGUCGUUUUGAUUUUACUGGUGAUGUUGUCGG